AUGUCGUGCAGACUGACGUCAAAGUCGGUAGGAGCCUUGGUUCUGUCAAUUAGUUACCUGAUAGCGGCUUCAGAGUGAGUUCAUCUACCAAAGCUUCUCGUUGAAAUAUUGCGUGCAGCUUCUCACGACUAUUCCAUCCAAACUCAAAUAAUUAAAAAAUCAUUCGUCUCAAGUUUUUGGAUAACAACGUAGGCGGAAAACUUUAUGACUUUAGAUGUGAAGUGAGCAAAAUCAGAACAAUGAUUCAGUUAAUAGAUUGCAAAACAAAAGAAAAAAUUCGACUCUAACUAAGCUCCUCAUAAUCAGAAGUGAAGCAAAAAGCUUAUAGAAUACAGCGUAAGAACCUUGAUGAUUCAAAACUUAGUGAUAAUUGGAAGCUUUUUCUGAGAGAUUUUAACGAAGUGGUUUGUAGAAGAAUAAUUAUAAAAAUCACGAAGAUUUUCAAAAAAAGCAAAUUUCGAGCUUCAGGAUUUCUACAGGAAAAAAAUUAUUCACCGAUUUUCCAAAAAGUAAUCGAUGUUUUGUGCUAUUGAAUAACCGAUCAAGAAGUCGUAGCUUGAAUGUGAAAGAUGAAAAAUUAAAACUUUGAAACCUAAAAAUUGAGUUGUUUUUUAGAGCAUACCGGAUAAGAAGAGAACUCGAGGAAGACGACAUGUUCCCGCCGGACGAAUGUUUUCACAAAUACAGUGAAAACAAUCAUUUCAAAAUUUUUUCCGAGUUUCUGAACCGGAAAAAUUCUUCACAUUAUUCCCCGAUAGCCCCUUCCUUUCAACAAGCACUGCAUAGGUUACAGGUUCGUACCGAAAAAAUGCUUUUCAUUUCGGAAAAGUGACUGUUUUUUUUACAAAAAUGCCUUAAAAAGGCGCUGGGCUCAUUUUUGUUCAUGCUACUUUGAAAACCUUCACAAAUUCUUUAAUUCUACCAUUUUUUCUUCGGGACUUCUUUUUCCCUUUGAGCUAUAAUCUAGCGGUUAUCGAACAAUUCGAGUAAAAACGACAAAGAACAACACUCCAAACAGAGGAAGCAGUCAGGAAAUUCAAUUACUCCUGAUGCUAUAUCCAUAGCCAACUGAAGAAAGAAAAAAACCACAAAGGGUGUGCGCCAUUUAGAAAGAAAAUUGGGCGCUAAUUAUAAAAUAGAAGCACACUCACACAAACAUCUUUUUGCCACAGAUGGGCACGCUAAAUCCCGUUUCCAGGCGUUUUCCGAGGAUUCUCCUGAGAAAAAUCAAUGAGAAAAAAACCAAUAAAUUAACCAUUAUUUUUUUAAAAACUUCGUUUCAGAAAGGAUACAUUUUUGAUAUUUUUUUCUUCAGGCAUUUAUAAUGAAAAAAAUAAUACUUUUCAAGAACAUUACCUUUAUAAAUCUUUUUUUGUGGACAGGUAAGAAAAAUUAGCCUUUGAGAAAGAACUCAAUUAGGUUAAGUACAAAAAAAUAGAGCUUAAAUUUUCAUCGACAAAAUGUCAUCUUUUUUUCUGCGAUUUUAAGAAGUUGGAAGUUUCGGUAAUGACCGUUCUCUUAAUUUCGAAUUGAUUCACAUGAAAAAUUGAUGACUCAAAAGUUUUUUAUGCUAUUCUUUAGAUUGAAAUUGCAAACUCCAACUCAAAAACUUGAUUCUUUUCUUUAGACAUCCAGUAAAUUAGGUGGUGUCUAAAGGAAUCAAGAAAACAACUUUCAUUCGUCGGUGCAAAUAACCCAAUUUCCAAGAUCUUUAGAAAUCCGAGCCUUGGUGUUUUAUGAUGUCAUGAAAUAUUGAGUUUUGACUGAAAAACCCAAAAGUGGGAUAUUUGAAGGAACGUCUGCGAUAUCAUAUCAUAAAUAUUCAUUUCACUUUUGAAAAUCAUCUUUUUCGGGAUAACCUUUCGGAGAAGGAAUGACCUGAGAUCUGAAAGAUAUUUUUCCAGAUGAAAGGGCUGAGACAUGGCGAACUGAUAACGACCAGCGGGUCCAAAUGCAACAGCAAAAAGCUUGAUGUAAUCAGUGCCGAAACUCCUUUGAGGGAAAGAGCUCUCUGUAAAUUUGAAUAUGCUCUCAACUACAACCCAAGGGUUAGUUUUAAUAAAAAAAUAGAACAAACUCCAAAAAUAUAUUCUUUACAGAGGCUUCCGGCAGCAUUAACAGAAGUCAAAUGUAGCUGUCCUCGGCCAAAUCCGAAACUUGUUGGCAAAAAGAUUUUUGAGUGUGAACACCUGAAAUAUUCAGUGAGCUCUUUUUCGAUUUUCAUUUCAAAAUAAUAAUACAAGUUUAGAUCCGAGUUCUGAUGUGGGACGACCUUUGCAAUACUUUCAGAGAGGAGACUGAAACUAUUUCUUUAGCAUGCAUUCCGGUUCUUCAGGUAUACUUUUCUCCAACCUCACUUGUUUCAAAUAAUAAAAAAAAAUCAACACUGGCCUCGCCCUCAAACGUAUGUUGUUUAAAACUCCAGUUCCAGGCCAAUACCAACGCCGACAGCGACGAUGACUUCAUGUACACGAUAAAAGCAGAAGUACCGACAUAA